AUGGCCACACGACCGCAGAAUAUCGGCAUUAAAGCCAUUGAGAUCUAUUUCCCCAGUCAGUGUGUCGACCAGAGCGAGCUGGAGAAGUUCGAUGGCGUCUCAGCAGGAAAAUACACCAUUGGUCUGGGUCAGACCAAAAUGUCCUUUUGCGACGACAGAGAAGACAUCUAUUCGAUAGCCCUCACCACCCUCACAAGCCUCAUCUCCAAGUACUCGAUCGACCUGAAGAACAUUGGACGCAUGGAAGUUGGCACAGAGACUAUGCUCGACAAAAGCAAGAGUGUCAAGUCUGUCUUGAUGCAGUUGUUUGAGAAGUCCGGAAACUUCAACGUCGAAGGAGUGGACUCUUACAAUGCCUGCUAUGCGAUACUGACAAGACCUAGUGGUGGUACGAACGCACUCUUCAACUCUGUGAACUGGGUCGAGUCUUCUGCAUGGGACGGACGAGACGCCAUUGUUAUCUCUGGUGACAUCGCUCUUUACAAGAAGGGCAAUGCUCGUCCUACUGGUGGUGCUGGCUGCGUUGCCAUGUUGGUUGGACCUGACGCCCCUAUUGCCUUCGAACCGGGUCUACGUGGUUCAUACAUCACCCAUGCCUAUGACUUCUACAAGCCGGAUCUCACCAGUGAAUAUCCGUAUGUUGAUGGCCAGUUCUCGCUCAAGUGCUACACAGAGGCUGUCGACGCAUGCUACAAAGCAUACAAUGCGAGGGAGCAAACACUCAAGGCAAAAGCUAAUGGCCACGCAGUAAACGGAAAUGGUGCGCACAAAAAAGAGGACGAGAAAGCUCCACUGGAUCGAUUCGACUACAUGGCCUUUCAUGCACCUACUUGCAAGCUCGUCUCGAAAUCUUACGCCCGCCUGCUCUACAAUGAUUUCCUGAGCGAUCCAACUCACCCCCAAUUCAAGGAGGUCGCACCUGAGCUGCGAGAUAUCGAUUAUCAGACUUCGCUGACAGACAAGAAUGUUGAAAAGACCUUCAUGGGUCUUACGAAAAAGCGAUUCACUGAACGAGUGCAGCCGGCCAUCCAAGUUGCCACCAUGUGUGGAAACAUGUACUGUGGCAGCGUGUAUGGCGGACUGGUUGGGCUUAUCUGCAACAUUGCUCCCAAGACGUUGCAGGACAAGAGACUAGGUAUCUUCAGCUACGGCAGUGGCUUGGCUAGUUCGUUGUUCAGCUUCAAGGUGGUUGGUGAUACCACCGAGAUGUCAGACAAGCUCAACCUACAAGAACGACUGGAUGCUCGCCGGGUCGUGGCCCCAGAAGUGUAUGAUGAAAUGUGCAUGCUGCGUGAAAAGGCCCAUCUCAAGAAAGACUUCAAGCCGGCCGGCAAGGUUGAGGAUCUCGCGCCAGGAACUUACUAUCUGACCGAGGUUGAUAACAUGUUCCGUCGCAAAUACGAAGUCAAGGCAUGA